AUGUCUCACGAAAGCGUCUGGUACUCCCGACCCCGAACCUUCGGCAAGGGUGCUCGCGGCUGCCGCGUCUGCACCCACAAAGCCGGUCUGAUCCGCAAAUACGGCCUCAACAUCUGCCGUCAAUGCUUCCGGGAAAAGAGCCAGGAUAUCGGUUUCAUCAAGAAUGUUUGGCUGACAUGGGUGAAACUCUCCACGAAUAGCACCGGUAAAUCCUUCGUCAACGACAGCGGAAUUUAUUGA